AUGACAAAAUUUGCUUUUAUUGGACACUGCCGUAACCAUGACUACACCCGUCUGCAGAUCCGACUCUGGGUCUUGUUCCCAGGGCACUCUGUCCGCUGGCUGACCAUUCUCGCACUACUGUUCGUCACCAUGAGCGAGGUUGGAGAAUGUGUUCUAUCAGACAGUUUCACCCCCGGCCACCACCCCCACCUGUACGUACCGUGGAUCAUGGCUCUCCUGGCGACUGUACUGGGGAGUGUGUUCUACAACUUGGUGGAGAAGUUGAACCGCCCAAGGCUGCUGUUGAUUCUAGGAUUGUACCACGUCCUGUCAGGGGGGUUCAAGGUUCUCAGACUGUCCCACUUGUACAGCAGAGGUGUGAGCACAGACAGCCUGCGGUUCCAGCUAACCUGGACUUCAGUACUGCUGUACGGGGUGCUGGUAGCGGUGGAGGUAUACGUCCUGUACAAAAGGCGGUACCUGUCUACAACUCCAGUAGAUGUCCCUGUUCCGGAUGACCUUCAGAAUGAAUCCAUGCUGUUCGCCAUGCCGUACGCGUCUCUACCAUCAUGGUUCGCCUUCAGUUGGAUGGACUGGGUCCUUCUGCUGGGCUACAAACAACCUCUACAGGCUAAACAUCUGGGAAAACUACCAGAGAAAAUCUGUGCUGAGGAGGCCUUGGAUCGUCUGACGAACGUGUACGAAAGGGAAAAGGAGAGAGCAGACAGGUCCGGUAAACAGCUGUCUUUGUGGGGGGUCUACUUCCGGGCGUUCCUGCUGUGCAGGGAGUUCGGUCUGGCUGGGUUCCUCAUGCUGGUGACGCAGGUGUUCCUACUCAUCUCACCUCUCCUCCUCAAACUCAUCAUCAUCUAUGUAACCAUGGAGACGGCAAAACAAGCGGAAGCAUCCAUCUUGCUGCAGGAGAGGUACAUGGUGAGUCCGUGGGAGUUUCUACAGAACGGUUUUGUCCUGUUGGUGCUGCUACUGGUGAUGUCUGAGAGGUACAUGGUGAGUCCGUGGGAGUUUCUGCAGAACGGUUUUGUCCUGUUGGUGCUGCUACUGGUGGUGUCUGUGCUCAGAACCGGGGCACAGGCCACGUCCUUGGCCAUCAGCUACAACGUCGGGCAGAUGCUGAAAAAGGGCCUACAGGCAAUGAUCUACAACAAGUGUUUGCGGCUGCCCAGCUGGCUACUGGAGAAUGACCACAUCAGUAUGGGGCAGGUCACCAACCACAUGAGUCAGGGCUGUGAUAUGCUAUCCAUCUUCAUCUUUCUCUUCCACUACUCGUGGGCCACACUCUUCCAGCUUAUAGCCGUUAGUGUACUGCUGUACUACCAGUUGGGGUGGAACGCGGUUUUAGCAGUCGGGUUUCUCGUCAUUCUACUGCCUGUGGAUCUCUUCAUCAUGAAGAAGAUGCACGAAGUCAGCACCCAGAAAAUGGCAAAAACAGACGUCCGGUUAAAAUGGGCCAACGAGACCAUCCAGGGCAUUAAGCUGUUGAAGCUGUACGCUUGGGAAUACCUGUUUGUGGGGAAGGUGACGAAGGCCAGGAAAGACGAGAUCAAACAGCUGUACAGACACGCAGGGUGGAAGAUCUUAGCAAAAUUCUGCAACAAUGCAAGUCCUUUGGUGGCAACAUUGAUUGUGAGUAUGUCUCCAUCUUAA